CGCGAGGGAGCGAGCGCACAGUCCGGGACCCCGGCGCGUCCCCGCGAGGGAGCGAGCGCACAGCCCGGGACCCCCGGCGCGUCCCCGCGAGGGAGCGAGCGCACAGCCCGGGCCCCGGAGCGUCCCCGCGAGGGAGCGAGCGCACAGCCCGCGCCCCCGUCCGCGCUCGCGCCCGCGCCGCUCGCAUGCCAGUCACGUCCGCCCCCUCGGCGGCCGCCCGAGAGCCGGCCCCGCCGAGCCUAGAGAACAGACGUCAAACUGCCUUAUGAAUAUUGAUGCGGAGGCGAGGCUGCUUUCGUAGAGGAGCAGAAGGAAGCAAGAUGGCUGCCCUGUAGGAUUUGUUAGAAAGGAGACCCGGCUGCGACGGCGGCGGACUGGGAGGCUGAGGGGCCAGAACCAGGCUGGUAAACAUUCAACAGCUUACCCUCCCAAGACUCUCCAUGUCCCUUGUUCCUGUUCCGCUAUGGUGCUCGGAAGCGGCGACGGGUUCCCUCAUGGUCAACAGGACAUGAUCCGGGAGGAGCAGUGAGGGACAGUGCUGCUGGAUUCUUUCAAAGGGCAGCCUUUUGGAUGGCCCCGAAGCAAGCCUGAUGGAACAGGACAGAACCACCCAUGCUGAGGGCACCAGACCAAGCCCAUUCCCUCCCCUCAGCCAUAAGGAACCUCUGGCUGUCAAACUCCAGAAUGGAAGCCCUUUAGCAGAGAGACCUCAUCCAGAAGUCAAUGGAGACACCAAGUGGCAGUCUUUCCAAAGCUGCUAUGGAAUAUCCCACAUGAAAGGCAGCCAGAGCAGUCAUGAGAGUCCAGACUUCAUACAUGAAGGCAGAGGGUAUUCCGGGUGCUUACAAAAUGGAGGGAUAAAACGCACAGUCAGUGAACCAUCUCUCUCUGGGCUCCAUCUGAACACAAAAUUGCAACUAGACCAAAAAUCUAAGGGAGAAAGUAGUAACUUCGGGGAAAGCCAAGAAGGAAACCCAGGUAAAAGCAGUAGUCAGCCAAAUGUCCCCGAACUAAGUGAUAACAGAGAGCCAGUGACCUCUGCCCAGCAAAGUGCAGUCGCAGACAUAGAUGCCUUCCCAACACGGAACUACAAUGGAGUUGAACAUACAGAGUUUCAGCUUCUCAAGGAGCAGGAAGGGGAAAAUGGCAGGAACAUUACAUUACUUAAAAACAAGGCUGUGCUAAUGCCUAACGGUGCUACAGUUUCUGCCCCUUCUGUGGAAAACACUCAGUGUUAUCCAGAUUGUGUCUCCAUUGCCACGCAGAACACCACAUCUCAUGUGAACGCCCCUAGCACUAGGGCUGCUAUCGAGUUGUCCCGUGAGAUCCCUCAACCAUCGCUUACCUCAGCACAGAUCAAUUUCAUGCAGACCUCAAGCUCCCAGCUGCCUCCAGAGCCAGCUGCAAUGGUGACUAAGGCCUGUGAUGCUGAUAAUGCCAGCAAGCUAGCGGGAGUAAUAGGUACCUGUCCUUUGCAGAAAGCAGAACACCAAGAAAAGUCAGUUUUGGAGAUAUGCCCAUCUCGUGCAGAAAACAAAAACAUCCAAGGAAACAUGAAGCUAUUUGCUGAAGAAUACUACCCUAGUUCUGACAGUGGUUUGCAAGCUUCUCAUGGCAGCUCUCAACAGUAUUUAAAACAAAAGGAAACCAAUGGUGCUUACUUCAGGCAAAGCUCAAUGUUCCCUACAGAUUCCAUUUCUGCCACUACCAUAACCCCGCCAUCACAAUCCCUUCCUCCCCGUCCUGUUCUCCAGCUUCCUUCAGAAGGAAAAGGGACUCUGAAUGAUGUAGCUUUGGGAGAACACCAUCACUACCCCAACCAAAGCAACCUAAGUCUUUUAAGGGAAGGGAAAAUAGAACAUCAGCCCAAGCCAUUGUCUAGCCAGAGUCUGAAUCCAUCUGUACACACACCUAACCCCCCCUUGAUGCUUCCAGAACAGCGUCAGAAUGAUUGUGUCCCACUGUGCUCUGAAAAGUCAAGGAAAAUGUCAGAAUAUCUCAUGUAUUACCUGCCAAAUCAUGGCCACAGUGGAGAUUUACAGGAACAUAGCCAGUAUCUGAUGGGACAUAGGGAGCAAGAGAUUCUGAAGGACGCAAAUGGGAAACAGAAGCAAGACUCUGCACAGGCAGCACCCGGCUGGAUAGAACUGAAGGCAUCUCAUUUUCGUGAAGCACUCCAUCAGACGAAAUGCAAGGAUACAUCCUGGCACUCAGUCCUUCACUCUCAGACCAGCCCUGCCAAUCAGAUGAGCUCCAAACCAUCCACUGGCAAUGUAAACAUACCAGGAGGAUUCCAAACGCUACCUUACAUCCCGAAAACAGCUCAGCCAGAGCCGAAGUCACCAAUGUACCAAGUGGAAAUUAAUCAAGGAUCCUCUCCACGCAUGGGGGACCAACAUCGACAGUUCCAGAAAACUUCAUACCAGGAGUGCAUCCCCGGGACAGAUCUGUCAUCCGAGGCUCACCUGCAAGCACCGGGUGUUCCUCAGUAUCAUUUCCAGCAAAGAGUAAAUCCACCCACCGAUAAGCAUUUGAGUCAACAGGCCACAGAGACUCAACCAUUUUCAAGCUUUUUACAACAUACUACUACUCAUAAGGAGGCAGCACAAACACAAGUAUCCCAGAACUCAAAUUUCCCUCCAAUCUGCCAGCAGCAGUAUCAGUUACAGAGGAAGAAUAAAGAACAAGUGUCUCAGACUUUCUCUCCUCUCCAAGGCAGCGUUGAUAAGCAAAGAGAAGGCUCAUGCUUUGGCCAGAUGAAAGUGGAAGAAAGCUUUUGUGGCAAAAAUCAGUAUUCAAAAUCAAGUAAUUUCCAAACUCACAAUACCCAAGGGGGGUUGGAGCAAGUACAGAAGAGAAAUAAAAAUUUCCCUUAUAUGAAGAUCUUAACACCAAAUUCAAGCAAAUUACAGAUUACCUGUUCAAAUGACCUACACCCAGCUUCUGAGAGUAGAGAACAAAUUCUACAUCCUGACCUCUUCGUAGGAAAUACUAAGGCCCCAGACCUGCAGAACAUGCAGUGUUUCCCGAAUAAUGUGACCCCAAAUCAGGAUGUUCGUUACAGGUGCUUUCAAGAACAAGAGCAGAAGCCUCAACCAGCUUCGUCUUUACAGGGCCUUAAAGACAGAAGCCAGGAGGAGGAAGCUGCUCAGCAGAGGUAUUUGGUGCCUAAUCAAGCAAAGGCACUUCCUGUGCCCGAGCCAAGGGGAAGUCACACACAGACCCCUCCUCAGAAGGACACUCAGAAGCAUGCCGCCUUAAGGUGGCUUCUCUUACAGAAGCAAGAACAGCAGCAAAUGCAGCAAUCCCAGUGUGAGUCUGGUCAUAAUCAGAUGCGCAGGCCAAUCAAGAUUGAGCCUGGAUCCAAACCUCCUUCCUGCAAGCGCCCCAUGUCAGCGCCACAAGAAAAUAUGUCCAGAAGGAUAAAGCAAGAGAUCCCCUCGCUAAGCUGUGAUAAUGGGCAGCCAAAGAGCAUCAUUGAGACUAUGGAGAAACAUCUGAAGCAGUUUCAGCUCAAGUCACUCUGUGACUAUAAGGCUCUGACUCUCAAGCCACAGAAACAUGUGAAAGUGGAAACACCUACAAAUACCCAUGCUGCAGGAUUGGAGAACUACACCCCAGCAGCAGAGCCUCAAGCAGCUCUUUCAGAAAAGACUCCAACCAAAAGAACGGCUUGUUCCGUUUUCACCUUUCUUUCAGAAUCACCUUCCGAAUCAGAUACUCCUGGUGGACAGAAUCAGAAGGAUAGCAAAUGCGGCGAACCCUGCAAGGAUGCAGAGAAAGAUGAUGCUCCUUAUUAUACCCAUCUAGGAGCUGGUCCUAAUGUGGCAGCUAUUAGAACACUCAUGGAAGAAAGGUUUGGAGAGAAGGGUAAAGCUAUUAGGAUUGAAAAAGUCAUAUAUACUGGUAAAGAAGGCAAGAGCUCUCAGGGAUGUCCUAUUGCUAAAUGGGUAUAUCGGAAAUCGAGUGAUGAGGAGAAGCUACUGUGUUUGGUACGAGUGCGUCCUAAACACAUGUGUGAGACUGCUGUAAUUGUGAUCGCCAUCAUGCUGUGGGAAGGAAUUCCAAAGCUCCUGGCGACUGAACUCUACUCAGAGCUCACAGACAUCCUGAGCCACCAUGGCAUAUGCACCAAUCGUCGCUGUGCUCACAAUGAAACGAAGCCAAAAGAUUCAUCACCCAGUAGAAACUGUUGUUGUCAGGGUGAGGAUCCAGAGACCUGUGGUGCCUCCUUUUCUUUUGGUUGUUCUUGGAGCAUGUACUAUAAUGGAUGUAAGUUUGCCAGAAGCAAGAACCCAAGGAAAUUUAGGCUACAUGGAGAUGAGCCAAAAGAGGAAGAGAGACUAGGUUCUCAUUUGCAAAACCUGGCUACUGUUAUUGCUCCAAUAUACAAGAAGCUUGCACCUGAUGCAUACAAUAACCAGGUUGAAUUUGAACACCAAGCUCCAGAGUGCUGUUUGGGUCUAAAGGAAGGCCGACCCUUCUCAGGGGUCACUGCCUGUGUGGACUUUUCUGCUCAUGCCCACAGAGACCAGCAGAACAUGCCAUACGGCAGCACAGUGGUGAUCACCCUCAACGGAGAAGACAAUCGAGAAACCGGAGCCCAGCCUAAGGAUGAGCAGUUCCACGUACUGCCUUUGUACACCAUCGCCAGUGAGGAUGAGUUUGGGAGUGCAGAAGGUCAGGAGGAGAAGAAACUGAACGGGUCCAUUCAGGUUCUGCACUCCUUUCGGAGGAGAAGAGUCAGUAGGUUAGGAGAGCCCGUCAAGAGUUGCCGGCAGAAGAAAUCGGAAUCCAAGAAAGCAGCUAGAAAGCUUUCUUCUCUGAAGAAUUGCUCCAAUAAGAAAGAAAAGUCUUCGUCUCGUACAAAGCAGAUGGAAAACACAAGCCAUAUGACAGCACAACUGCGGCUUUCGGGAUCUGUCAUCCAGCAGCCACCAUCACUCCAGAGGCACCUUCAACAAGGGCAGAGGCCACAGCAGCCGCAGACACAGCCACCUCAGCCACAGCCGCCACAGUCGCAGACACAGCAUAUCCUGCCCACUAACUCGCAAUCCAUUGGUUCUCAUGCUUCUGGAUCCACCAAUAUCUACGUGAGACAGCCUACUCCACGUAGUCCUUACCCCAGUUCUGCACACACCUCAGAUAUUUAUGGAGAUACCAACCAUGUGAACUUUUACCCCACUUCAUCUCAUGCUGUAGUUUCUUAUUUGAGUUCUUCUAAUUACAUGAACCCCUACCCUGGGCUUUUGAACCAGAAUAACCAAUAUGCAGCUUUUCAGUGCAAUGGCAGUGUGUCGGCCAACAGUGGUUCUCCUUUCUUAGGUUCUUAUCCCUCCCAGGCUCAAUCCAGGGGUCUACAUAGAUAUCCAAGCCAGGACCACCUCACCAAUCUGAACCUACCACCCAUCCACACACUUAGCCAACAGAGGUUUGGAGACGGUCCCUCUAAGUACUUAAGUUAUGGAAACCAAAAUAUGCAGAGAGAUGCCUUCACUAACUGUACCCUAAAACCAAAUGUACACCACCUAGCAACGUUUUCUCCUUACCCUACCCCCAAGAUGGAUGGUCACUUCAUGGGAGCUGCCUGCAGAUCACCAUACAGCCACCCAAACACAGACUACAAAACCAGUGAGCAUCAUCUACCUUCUCACUCAGUCUACAGCUACACUGCAGCAGCUUCGGGCUCAGUGAGCAGUUCUAGUCACGCCUUCCACAACAAGGAGAAUGACAACACGGCUAAUGGGCUAUCAAGGGUGGUUCCAGGGUUUAAUCACGAUAGAACUGCUUCUGCUCCAGAUCUGUUACACAAUCUGAGUGACUACAGUCAGGAGAAACAGCCUGGGGUGUCAGGCCAGGAUCCGGCUACUGUAGAGGACAUUGAGUUUUGGUCAGAUAGUGAGCCCAACUUUCAGGAUCCUUGCAUUGGAGGGGUGGCUAUAGCUCCAACUCAUGGGUCAAUUCUCAUUGAGUGUGCAAAGUGUGAGGUCCAUGCCACCACCAAAUUAAACAACCCCGAUCGGAAACAUCCCACCAGGAUCUCACUUGUAUUUUACAGGCAUAAGAACUUGAGUCUGCCAAAACAUAGCUUGGCUCUCUGGGAAGCCAAAGUGGCUGGAAAGGCCCGGAAAGAAGAGGAAGAGGGUGAAAAGUAUGGAUCAGACCAUGUGUCUGAGAAAAAUCAUGGCAAACGGGUAAAGCGUGAGCCCACAGGGCCACAGGAACCAAGUUACCUACGCUUCAUCCAGUCUCUUGCUGAGAACACAGGGUCUGUGACCACGAACUCUACCGUGACAACAUGGCCAUAUGCUUUCACUCAGGUCACAGGGCCUUAUAACAGAUAUGUGUGAUGCUGGUCAUUAGGCCAGACCACCAAGGACAACCUGCGAGCAGUAUGUCUUUCAUGGCAUGGGCAGUGGGGACAGGUCACAGCAUCUGUGACAAAUGCAGUACAUUUUUUUUUUCUGUUUAUUGGGGGGAGGUUUGUCAGCUCACCAGCAAAAUAGUUUAUUUUACCAUUAUACUUAGUCUCUACCAACUUCUUGUGGUGGUCACUUGGUGGCAUUCAGGAAGAGUUAAGACAUCCUAUGCAAAGUGACAGUGGGAAAAAGCAUUCUCCAUUUGUUUUCAAAACCACUGGUUCUCUUAUUGGCUGAGGUCAUGCAUGUGACAUGUCCCUCACCACUCUACAUGGGACUGCUUCUAGUACCAAGUGUGUGUAAUCAUGGGACACAGUACUGUAGUAGAACUUGCAGGAAUCAUCUGGUGCUGAUGUAUGAUGUACUGAAAUACUGGAAUUAUGACUUUUUAACAUGGAGUUUUUACUUAAUAACUUAUUUAUCAAAGUAGCUUCAGAAAGCUUAAGUGAAUAACAGCAAAACACUGAAUUUGUUUGGGUGUUAACAUUAAAUGGUGCUACAAAAAUGAUGUUUUUAAUAGUUGAAAAAUCAAUGCCUUUUAUCAUUCAGCCAGUAUAGUCUAGGGCCCUUUGGGGAACUGGGUACCUUUGAUUUACAUUUCUAUCUUAAUUAUUUGUUACUCAGCUUAGUUUUAAAAUAUGGACAUUUAAAAGGCCUCUGGAUUAUGGUUCUCCAUCGAUGUCCUUGUAGGACUAUAAAUAAUGUAUGCAUAUACACAUUUACACAUGUGUAUUGAAAUAUUUUAAGUUGUGUCUUAGAGAAGCACUUUGCCUACCUAAGCUUUGGCAACUUGAGCAAUGCUAAGGUACUGAAACUUAAAAACAAAACAAAACAAACCAUUCUUUCAUGUAAGAUUAAGAAGUGUUUUUUUUGAAAGCUUUGAAAACAUUUGCUUUGCUCUUAGCCAUGUAUUGGCUGAUAAGCACUGUCAUUGUUGACAGGCCUACUUACAAUCCAAAGCUGUAUGGAUAUGCUAGUCCACACACAGAAAAAAAACAAAAACCGUUUUCUGGUGCUCACUCAUCUUACACGCUAUACUAUAAAACGGUGGUAGGGCAAGCUCAUCCCUCCUGCGCAUACAGCUUAAGAACUGUUAACUGCAGGCGAUAACUAGCCGCAUGCUACAGACAGAGCAAAGCUUGUCCACCUCACGCCCAUGCUGUCCACAGAUCUGUUAGGUUCAGGAUAGCAGGCUGCCUCUGUUCAUUAUGUGCUUUGUGGUGUCGUUUCUUAGCUAAGUGUUAUGCAUACCAGGAAAAUUGAGUGGACUGAAGCCCACAUAAGAUGAGAAGACAUGGUUAAAUCCAUAUGACUCUACUGGUUACAGCAAAAACGAAAGACAAAAAUAGGCAGCUGGUUUGCUGUGGUGAUUUUAAACAUUAAUUUGUAUUAAAAGGUAAAAAAGAGUUGUAUAGUAAAUUAAAUUGUAAAGCAAAACCUUUUUUGAUGCAAUGCUUUAGUAUUUUAGUACUGUAAAAAUUAAAUAUAUACAUAUGUGUAUAUGUUAUAUAUAUAUAUAUAUAUAUAUAUAUAAUAUAUGAGAUUGAAGCAAAAUUCACAUCACGAUGGUGCUACCCAGAUUGCUCCACAUAGAUGUUAAUGUGAGCUAAGAAUCCAUUCCAAGUUGGAGUGGUGUUCCUACUUGUCGUAAUACCUCAACAGUAGCUUGGCAAUGGGAUACUGAGCUAAGAGUGGAAGCUUAGAGCAUUGUAUACCACCAUUUUUUUUUUUUAAAAAAAAAAUAAUCUUUGUAUUAUUAUUAAGACAUACCAUUUUUAAAUACUUGAUUUCUUAGCAAGUAUAACUUGAAUCUCAAACUUUUUGUUCUAAAAAUUCAGGGAUAUUUCAGCUCAUUCUCCUUAUGCCAACAUGUCACCUGUUUAUGUAAAGUUGUCGGUUAAUAUAUUCUUUUUCAGAGAUUUAACUCUUUUUAUUUUGAAUCCCUCCUAUUUUGCUUAUACAUGUACUGAUAACAUACUAAUUUUAUAAAUUUGUUACCUUUCAAUUAUAAAUUUUGGAGAGUUGGAGUUCAGCAAAGGAAAAAAAUCUAAAACAGGAAGCAGUGAGCUGGUAAAGGGAAAAUGGGGGGGUAAAAAUCAUCCCCAUGGCUCUCCGAUCUCCAGAGACGGCUUCUAAGCUAGUGAGGACAGCUUUGGACGGCAGCUCAGUGGUCCUAGAAGCUGGUGGUGUGCUGUGCAAUAGGACUCUCGUUACAUUGUGGCCUAAAUACAGUGUUGAUUACUAGCUUUUCAAAUAGCUUUGUGUCAGUGGAGACCUUUGUAAUUUAUCGGUCACAUUUGUCACUAAAAACUUUCAGAAUGUCUGCCUUGCACACAAAACCAGAAGGUUAAUGGUUUCCACACCAUGUUUGGUCCACAUCAGGUUCCUGCAGGUGUGUUUGGCGACUUUUUGAGCCAGUCAUCCCUAAGGAAUAUUUUCUUUACGUGUCACCCACUGUCAUUUGUCAAACUGCUGGCCAACAGGAGCAGUAAGUGUGGUUUGAGAGGAUGGGUUGUGUAGGAAGCAAGGCAGUUACAUCCCACCUCUUUCCAUUAGAUCAAGUGGAAGGCAGAUCUGUGAUUUUCUUCUAUAGGAACAACUUGACUACAGAGCCAUACUUGGAAGUGCUUCUGCUUGGUUGUCAACAUUACUUGAAUGAAUUUUUCAUCUUGAUUGACGCACAGUGAUGUAUAGUUCACUUUACAAGGUAGUGUGGUUAACUUGUUAGGGAAUAUUUUUUGCAGUUUGACACUAAAAUAAUGAACCUCUGUGUGCAUUUUUCUAUGCUUUAUUUUUUUAAUGUAGUUUACUUCAUGAAAUGUUGGCUUUGUUUAUACAAUCUGAGGGUGGUUAUAAAUACUGUAAGUAUUGUAAUGUUAUGGAUGCAGUUUAUUUUAAAGCUGUUUAUUAUAUCAUUCCUGAUAACGCCAUGUGAGUGUUUUUAAUAAAAUUUAUAUUUAUUUAAUGCA